GUCCCCCAUCACCGGGCUAACAGCAGCCACAUGCACACCCCCAAGAGCCAGCUGGACGACCCCUUCUUCAUCGUCGAGACCAUCUGCAUCUGCUGGUUCUCCUUCGAGCUGGCGGUGCGGUUCCUGGCCAGCCCCAGCAAGCCGGCCUUCUUCAAGGACAUCAUGAACAUGAUCGACUUCGUGGCGAUCAUCCCCUACUUCGUGGCGCUGGGCACGGAGUUCGCCCGGCAGCGGGGGGUGGGCCAGCCGGCCAUGUCGCUGGCCAUCCUCCGCGUCAUCCGGCUGGUCAGGGUCUUCCGCAUCUUCAAGCUCUCGCGCCACUCCAAGGGGCUGCAGAUCUUGGGCCAGACGCUGAAGGCCAGCAUGCGGGAGCUGGGCUUGCUCAUCUUCUUCCUCUUCAUCGGCGUCAUCCUCUUCUCCAGCGCCGUCUACUUCGCCGAGGCCGACCACGCCGAGACCAACUUCACCAGCAUCCCCGAGGCCUUCUGGUGGGCCGUGGUCACCAUGACCACAGUGGGCUAUGGGGACAUGUCCCCCGUGACGGUGGGCGGGAAGAUCGUGGGCUCGCUGUGCGCCAUCGCCGGGGUCCUCACCAUCUCCCUCCCGGUGCCCGUCAUCGUCUCCAACUUCUCCUACUUCUACCACCGGGAGACGGAAGGCGAGGAGCAGGGCCAGUACACCCACGUGGCCGGCUGCCCUGGCCGCCUGCCCUCCCCGUUGCUGCCCGCCCGCCAGGAGAAGGCCUGCGGGAAGGAGGAGACAUACUGUGGAGAUGGGGCCCUGGCGCUGCCCAGCUGCCGGCUCCUGGACGGGAUGGUGGCCUCGGCCAGCAGCCAGACGGUCCUGCUGGAGCCCCAACAACCGAACCGGGGCUUGGUGACCCAGGUGUGA